AUGCAUUCAAGACGAGGCUAUCAAGUCGCCGAAAGGGCAAAAGGAAUGAUCCCGACCCUAGGCACACUCGUGGUAACUGACAAAAUAAGAUUCGCUGCAAGCUGCUAUACCUGUCAGGAUAUUCGCCCCGACGAAGAGCUUCACGUGCGCGAGUUCGGAGAUGCAGUCGGUGCUAUCGCAGGGCGCUCGCGCCUGCGUCGAGUAUCUCCAAUGCAGAUGCAUCUUCUAAUGAGGGCCCUUAUGAUUCGAGAGAAGCUUGUUGCAAGCUUUGGAUCCGCCAAGGGGAUUUUAUUGUGUCACCCUAUGUCCAGGCACUAUCCGCUGGUCCCCGAACCCGCGGGAGGCUGCACAAGAGGGGGAACUUCCAAGAAUAAUGGAAGCAAACAAACCGCAUUAAGCAACUCGUCCGAAAUGCUCGUGGAGGCUCACAGCGCGGCAUCAUCAGCUGUUACAGCGGUCACCUCGGCCUUCCGAGUAACACAAGAAGCGUCAGGCGCCCAGCGGGCUCGUGCCCGGAAGAGUCUAUUCCGCUGCAGGCGAGUUAUGGUCGGCGCGAAGAAGCCCACUGACCUGACCAGUGGUACAAAGUGUUUUGCGGGAUCAAAAUGGAAGGGAACGCUAUACCCCCUAUGGAAUACUUGCCAUCGUGGUGAUAUUCUGGGCGAGCACGAGUACCUUUCGGUGCAGCCAGCGCCCGUUGAAGAAAAGAAGAGUGAGUGGUUCGAGAUUGCCUGGUGCGAGGAGCAGGGCGGACCAGAAGUGAUUGGGGAAACGUGA